UUCCUCUGCUGUCGCUCGUCUACAUUUACACUCGGAGCUUAGACCUUCCAAUCUACCGGCGGCGAAAAUGGUUUUCAAGAGGUACGUUGAGAUCGGGAGAGUAGCACUUGUGAACUACGGAGAAGAUCAUGGAAAGCUCGUCGUUAUCGUCGACGUUGUUGACCAGAACAGAGCUUUGGUGGACGCCCCUGAUAUGGAGAGGAUCCAGAUGAACUUCAAGAGGUUGUCUCUUACCGAUAUCGUGAUUGACAUCAACCGAGUGCCAAAGAAGAAGGCUUUGAUCGAGGCAAUGGAGAAGGCUGAUGUGAAGAACAAGUGGGAGAAAAGCUCAUGGGGUAGGAAGCUUAUCGUGCAGAAACGUAGGGCUAACCUCAAUGAUUUUGAUAGGUUCAAGAUCAUGUUGGCCAAGAUCAAGAAAGCUGGUGUUGUCAGGCAAGAGCUUGCAAAACUCAAGAAGGAGAUCACUGCCUGAUCAAAUAUUAUCUACAAUUCUGUUGUCUUUCUUUUUUGAUUUUGGAUUCGGAAAUUAGUGUUUUUGGAACUAUCAACAUCACUAUGUGCUCUAUUAUCCGACGUUAUUCAAGUUUAAA